AUGGGUGGCUUUGACUUAGCAGAGACAGCAGCCUAUGUGACUAUUGCAAUUGGAAUUCUAAUUUAUGUAUUUGCACUGUGUUCUAAUUUGCUUCUUUUAGUUAUCAUAGCUGUCAAUGCACAUCUGCAUCAGCCAAUGUACCUAUUAUUGUUCAGUUUAUCUUUCAAUGACAUUAUAGGUGUGAGUGCCAUGAUUCCACCGGUUGUCUAUAACCUGAUGACAGAACAGAGACACACAAGUUUCCUUUCAUGCCUGUUUCAGGCCUUAUUCCUGCAUUUGAAUGUUGGUGCUACUUUCCUCAUUUUGUCAGCAAUGGCUUUUGAUAGAUACAUAGCUAUAUGCCACCCUUUAAGAUAUCAUGCAAUUAUGUCCAAAACUACUGUCAAUUACAUCUUAAUGUUAUGCUGCUUAAUUAAUUUCCUUCUGGUGGGGUCUGUAUUUGGGCUCACCUUGCGUUACCCAUUUUGCUCAACACAUGUCUCUAAUUUCUACUGUGAUAAUAUGUCAAUCCUCAGGAUGACUUGUGCAAAGGACAUUACCAUAAACAAUCUUUACGGUUUAUUUAUCACAGGUCUUUAUCAUGGACUUACUCUGUUUUCUAUUGCGUUUUCUUAUACAUUUAUUCUAAUUGCAUGUUUCAGAAAUAAGGACUCUGAUGCUAGGUCAAAGGCUUUGUAUACCUGUGCAACCCACUUCCUUGUGUUUGUGAUCUAUGAAUGCUCUGCUGCUGUAAUUGUUCUUGUAUACAGAAUUCCUCAAAGCCCUUUAAAUCUGAAGAAGUUCAUGGCAAUGUCACUUGUAGUAUUUCCUUCCUGUCUCAAUCCAAUCAUAUAUGGAGCUAAAACUAAAGAGAUCAAGCAAAAGAUAAAACAGAUUUACAAAAUAUUUCAAAGAAGUGCUUUGGAAAAACCAAGACUGAACAGAGUGAAAACAAUAGCUGAAUAAGCAUUAAAUAAGCGAAUGAAAGCCUAUCCCAUGAAUGUAAACACUGUUAUUACGACUGUGUUCGUAUUAUGUGGUUGUGUAACCAGUUUGUUUAUUUCCUUAGUAUGGAAUCUGCAUCAGGUGUGAAUGCUUGUGUGCAUGUUAAUUGGAGUGUGCAGGUAUGAGGCGGUGACUGGUGGAACAGCUGCCGGCUUGCAAGUGGCUCUUGGCCGAUGACUGCCCACAGUAUAGGGAGCCCAGGUGCCAUAGCCAUGAAGCAGAGGAGUCACCCAUCUUCCUCCUCUCCCAAACAGCCACACCUGUAGCUUUUGCCAUGCAGAUCGCUUUGUCGCUAUAAGGUUGUAGGAGUAGGCCGCCAUUUCUUUUGACGUUGUUUCUCCUGUGUAUGUUAGACAGGGGUUGUGUUCUGGUUUAUUGAUUUUGGUUUAGGUUGUGUGGGUUAUGUUUCUCUAGAUACAUUUGUUUGUUUGUUACUUUGGCUUUUUUCCCACUCUGAACUCCUUGGGAGUUGUAAAUAACCUUGUAAGUAAAUGAUGCACUGGUUGAAUCUCAACAAUCCAUUCCUGUGGCUGAUUGGGACCUGGGGAAGAUGAGUCACUUUCAUGUUAUAUCGUGGCUGUUGUGACUCAAUUUAUAAAAGAUUAACUAUUCUCUGAACCAUGAAUACUCAGUUUGUGCAGUAUAUGGCUAUGUAAGGGAAAGAUUUUUGAAAAGC